GUUGGAAGAAGCUCUGUAUGAAGAAUACUUUGAGAAGACACCAUGAACCCCGCAUGCAGAGCCCUCCCGCGCCGUCAAGGGGUGUUCUCUCGCCUGCCUCUUAAGUGUGGCCGUCAUUACUCUCUGCAUCAUCCACGUCCAGUGCUCCUCGCAUCUCGAAACGACCAUACGCGUGCUUCCUGCACCCACCAUCUCCGAGCUCAGUUCCCGCAUCAGGCCACUUUCCGCGCUACUUCGACUAUGGCUUCCGAGCCUCAGUUUGCCACGGGAGUCGACCCCCAGCAGGCACUUCCCCUGCUAAAUGCCCUGCAAGGCCAAGGGUGGAGCUUAGACGAAGAGAGCAUUGGCAUCAAGAAGACCUUUUAUUUCCGCUCAUAUUUUAAAGCAGUGAGUUUUGUGAAUGUUAUUGCGUCGCAGAGUGCCACAAAAAAGCACCAUGCUACUAUGACAGUUAGGAUUGGAUCUGUGGAUGUUCAUUGGACGACACACCAUCCCCGAGGACUGACAGACAAGGACAUCUCGAUGGCGGAGUACUGCGAGCAGGCUGCCCAAUUGAUGGGUGCGGUGGAGGAGGGCCAGGGAAAGAAAUGUGGGCCAGGAUCGUAGGGUAUUUCCCUAUGCUCUAUUCUGUAAAUAAGGUGCGAUGUACGGUUAUAGGAAUUAUUUGUCGAGGCUUUCAAGGUUUGUUCUUGC